AUGAGGGAGUCCUCGAGAUCGCGAGCGAUCAAGCUCAUGGACCUUCCGACAGAGCUUCAUAUGCAAAUUGCUUCACUACUGCCAUACCCUGAUGCUCUUGCUCUCAAGCAUACGAAUCGCCAUUUCCACCAAUUUGUCCAGACGGGCGUCGCCCUCAAGGUCGACUGGCUGAUCGAGCGCUUUGAAAACAAGCUGGAAUGCCCUAUGGAAGAGUGCUGCUUUCGCACUGACGAGGCAUUUUGCAACUGGCGAAUCCGACGGAUCAUGAAACGGCGUCGACACCAUCAAGAGUGCCGACGAGUGGCCGGUGGCUGUAAAGUUGUCGAUGGCCAGACUUGUCACCCCGGUUUGAUACCACCUUGGUUUCGAAAAGAUGCCUGUCGGGAGAUGAGCACGACAGCGAUCACGCUGUUAUACGAAGCACUGGAAGUUUACACCUUGGCCACUCAUUUUGACAGCAUCUGGGUCUUUCUGCAGGUCCUUCUGUUACACACCUUCUUUUGGAUGCUCAGCCGGUAA